AUGGGCAUUGACGGCAACGCGAAGGUCGCCUCUCUAGUGCCCGGUUUUGAUAGACUCUCACCGGCGGAGAUGUUCCGCUGCUACAACUCCUCAAUCGGCAAGGAGAACUUCAACAUCUUUGACAAUCAAUUUUGGGGCGCCAUUGAGGCGUACUACCGCAACUUUCCGGAGAACUUUGACUUGCAGAAGUUGCCUGAGAAGACUGCCAAUCUCUUCAAGACAAUGCAGCGCAUUGCCCAGUACACUCUGGCUUGUGUUGGAUUGAGCAGUGACAACUUUCAACUGGGUCUUACUCAGUUCUCUGACUGGAGCCUAAACUCUUACAAAAAGCUUUCCGGUGCUCGGGCAUCUCCUGCUUCAAUUCGAGCUCGUUUGGCAAACAAGCCCAAGUACAAGGACGACGACGAUGAUGAGGCACCCUCUGAAACUACCAGGCCAAAAAACAACGGACUGCGUCUCAUCCGACGAAAACGUGACGAUGAGGCGCCUAUUGACCCGAUUUGCAUUCCCAAGAACAAGAGCCCCCUGCCUGACGAGUUUGACUGGCGUAAACAGGGCAAGGUGACCCCAGUGAAAUGGCAAAAGGAAUGUGGAUCAUGUUGGACCUUUGCCUCAAUUAGUGCCCUGGAGAGUGCUUACUUAAUCAAGGGAAAAACGACUGACGCCAAUUUCGAUCUCAGUGAACAGCAGCUUCUGUCUUGUGGUGUGGAUAGGGGCUGUGAAUCAGGCGGAACUGCCGUUGACGCCUACACUUACAUUCUCACCAACAAGGGCGUCACUGGAGAGAGUACUCUGCCUUAUGACCACAAGAAUGUGAAAUGUGAGAAGAAGAAGCGAAGCGCCAAGAUUAAGGACUUUUGCGUUCGUGGCAUCUACGUGUCAAUUGAUGGCAAACCUGAGGAGUUGAACGACAUGGAAAUACAGUACGCCGUUCGGGAGUACGGCCCAGUGUACACUACCAUUGACGGUGAGGGCAGUGACACACUGCAGCACUACAAAAAUGGCGUCUACGAUGAGCCAAAGUGCAAGAAGGAAACCAAUCACGCAGUUGUGAUUGUUGGCUGGACAAAGGACUCCUGGAUUGUCAAGAACUCAUGGGGUGAAAAGUGGGGCAUUGACGGAUACGUGCUGAUGAAGCGCGGAAAAAACAUGUGCGGUAUUAACUCGUACAUCAGCUGGCCAAUGGUCUAG